UACUGGCUCACAUGUCACAUGAGAAAAGGAUGUCUUAUCUCCCUUAGACAAAAAAUAAUCUAAAUUUCUCACCUUGCAUAGACAGAUGAAUGUGAAGGUGACCUUAUGUUAAUGCUCUCUAGUUGACCUUACUGCUGUCACAGGGCAUUCUUUUGAAAGCCCAGGCCCAGAAUGUCUUUAACUUAGUCUUUUAAUUUAGGAUAGCAAUGCACGCAGGACCAGGGGUAAGAAAAAUGGCAACUGAAUUUAAAGUACAGAACAAUCAUGCUAACCACGAGAAGUGCCAAAUGCUGAGGUAGUGGCUAGCUUGUCCCCGACUGACAGUUUAUGGUUCGGUUACUAAAUUGUUCAAGGGGGCAUCAAAAAUGAUGACAGCGUUUUUUUUUGGGGAAAAUCUUUAUUUUUACUAUUAGGACUCAGUAGAUAAGAAGUCCAGGGAGGGGGAGUGUUUUUCUGCUCCAAGUAUUUUUUUUUUAGUAUAGACUUUAAAACAACAGGUUUUUAUGGAGAACUUUCUAAUGGAAUAUAGCAAAUGGCUCUAUUUGACACAGAUGUAUUGGCAGUUCUCAUUCCGGCUUUCAUUUAUUGCUUUCUCAUUUUGUAUACUGCAAGUUUCCAAGCAACUGCAGUUUGCUAACACAGCUAUGGAUACUGUUUGUUUUACAGAAGUUACCUGUCUUUAUUUUCCCCUCCCCUCCCUUUCUUAAUCCUUUAUAACCACAACAUUUACAGGUUGAUUUAUAAAUUCCGAAGUCUGUAGCUGAUGGUUUAUAGCCUCUGGUUGGUAGCAAGAGAAGAAUGAGUAGUCAGGAACUUGUUACUCUGAAUGUGGGAGGUAAGAUAUUCACAACAAGAUUAUCAACCAUCAAGCAAUUUCCUGCCUCUAGAUUGUCACGAAUGUUAGAUGGCAGAGAUGAAGAAUUCAAGAUGGAAGGGAGCCAGAUUUUUGUGGACAGAGAUGGUUUUUUAUUUACCUUCAUCUUAGAUUUUUUGAGAACUCAUCAACUUUUAUUACCCAGGGACUUUUCAGACUAUCUUAGGCUUCAAAGAGAGGCACGUUUCUACGAACUUGAUUCUCUGGUUGACCUGUUAAAUCAAGACCUGCUCCAGCCAAAACCUGCUCUCCUGGAGGUGCAUUUCCUAAGUCGAAAUACUCAAACUUUUUUCAGAGUAUUUGGUUCUUGCAGUAAAACAAUCGAGAUGCUAGCUGGAAGAAUUACAGUAUUUUUAGAGCAACCUUCAGCCCCAAUCUGGAGUAGUGACUUCUUCCCUCAGAUGACUUUACUUCCACUUCCUCCCCAAAGACCUUCUCACCAUGACCUGGUUUUCCAAUGUGGCUCGGACAGCACUGCUGAUAACCAAACUGGAGUCAGGUAUGUUUCUAUAAAACCUGAUAACCGAAAAUUGGCCAAUGGAACUAAUGUCCUCGGCUUACUGAUUGACACUUUGCUAAUGGAAGGUUUUCAUCUGGUCAGCACUCGAACAGUAUGCUCUGAGGACAAAACUGAAUGCUAUAGCUUUGCAAGGAUACAAAAGCCUGAAGCUCUCACCAUGAACAAAAUGGUGAAACCCGAGACUGCCAUCACGCCAGGGCAAUCUAACAAGAACAAAUGAAGUCCUUUCUCUUUUGGAAUAAAGGGAAACUGCUAUUUUCUUGCUUGGAAAUUGCAUACUUAGGACAUGUAUGUCAGUCAGAUUCAGCCCGAGUACAUGGCUUUGUUUCCUACAGUAUUCAAACCUUAACAAUGCUGAGUUAAGAUUUGCCUUCCU